ACAAAUAUAUAUAUAUAUAUUGUCAUCCUUGACUUGACGAUUAAAGGUUGGAUUUCUUUAUGAUCAUGCACUUAAGUCAUUAUACCAUCGACCUUAUUGAGUGGUAUUUCAACCAUUGGUUAGCGGCUGGCUGAAGAAGAUGGGCCAGGACUAUACUAUGGGGAACUGAAUCUUCAUCUUCAAUUACAACAAAUCGUCUCUGCUCCGGCCAUUUCUCCCUAGCUCCGAUUCCUAUUCCAGUUCUCAAAAGUAUUCUCCCCACCGGCCUUAAUCCCGCUCCACUCAUCCUCAUCCAGCGAUGAUGUCUCACAAACUCUUCGCCGCCUCUUCUCCAUGCCAAGUUGUUUUGUUGGAUUGUAACUCUAAUGGGUCGAAGUCGUUGUUGGUUUCUCGGAAUCUGAUGAAUUACGGGCUCACUAGAGUAAGCAAAAGGCUGAAGGUAUGUCGACUCAGGGCUGGCUUCUGGGACUCCAUCAAAUCCGGGUUCUUGAAUAAUAAUAAUACCCAAGUGGUUGAACCUCCUUCCACGCUUCAGGAAGAGGAAGAACCCUUGCCUGAAGAGUUUGUUCUAACUGAGACAACAUUACCAGAUGGAAAUAUUGAACAAAUAAUAUUCACUUCAGGUGGAGAUGUCGACAUAUAUGAUCUUCAAGCCCUUUGUGAUAAGGUAGGUUGGCCACGUAGACCACUGCCAAAGUUAGCUGCAGCCCUUAGAAACAGUUAUAUGGUAGCUGCACUGCAUUCAACACUUAAAUCCCCUGUUUCAGAGGAGAAUACACAAAAGAAGUUAAUUGGUAUGGCUCGUGCAACAUCAGAUCAUGCGUUCAACGCCACAAUUUGGGAUGUUCUUGUGGAUCCUUCUUAUCAGGGUCAAGGCCUUGGCAGGGCCCUAAUUGAAAAGCUUAUAAGGGCACUUUUGCAAAGGGAUAUUGGCAACAUAACACUCUUUGCAGAUAGUCAAGUGGUAGAGUUUUACCGGAAUCUAGGUUUCGAACCUGACCCUGAAGGAAUUAAAGGCAUGUUCUGGUACCCAAGACAUUAGAAUCUUUGCUUGGACAAAGGUCAUAUUUCUUUCUCCAUAUGUUUUGUUGUAUAACGUAGGAUCUUGGAUUGGAAAUAGAAGACAAAUGAGUUUUAUUUAUAUGAUUAUCAUGGAAGUCUGUAUAUACACUUCAUAUUAUUUAUGAAUAAUAUCCUAUUUAUUGACUGCCAA